AUGAAAGGUCAACAAAAUCGUGGCGAACGAAGUAUACGUGAUGUGGACGAAGCAAAGGAUUUACGAAGGGCUGAAAUCGAACGGCGUUGCUUAGCGUUACACCCACCCUUGACGGCCGCUGUUCUAAGCCAUAUGGACUCUUUUACAGCGGCAAUACAAAUUCCCCAUGAGCUAACUGAUAAGGACUGGGAGUAUUUGAAACCCCGCCUACUAGCCCAGAGAGAAAUGGCCGAGAGCAAAGAGAUUGAGCGUUUGAAAGAAUCCCAGCUUUUGCAAGCUAAGACGGAAGAACGCCGACAGCAAGAAGCGCGCUCAAAGCAAGACAAACAAUCUUUGGAUGAUCAAUGGGAGGAUGCGCAGCGUCUGAUUCGUGACCAGAUCAAUCUCUAUGCCGACGAAAUCAUCACAAAGAACUGGAACGAUGGAACAACCCUCACGAAGGACAAAUGCGCUCAAUUUGCUGCAGAAGUCUUGAUGCACGUACGAACAAGAUUCUAUGCGCACGUUGAAGAGGAAGAUGCUAUCGCUCGGGCAUCCGGCGUUGCUGUUAAAUCGGACUCUGCAGAUGAACCACCCACGCGCAAGCUAAUCCUUGAGAACAUGAAGUGGAUCUUUGACAACAAGAUCAAACCUCUUACCCAGCAAUUGGUAAAGGAGAUGUUCCUUUGCAAUGGAUGCGAAAAUAAUUCCAGAUACUACGGCUUCGAAGGAGUAGUCCAACACUAUGCUGCGAAACACACAACUGCCUUGAGUUCAGGAAAUGUAAUAGUGUUCUGGCGCGCCGAGUGGCCCGAGAAACCUCCAUUCCAUCCCAAUCCGAAUGCUGCCAAAGCCCUGCUCCAUGCUAGCUCUCAGAGUGGAUUCAAUCCGCCGCACAGCUUUCCACGGCAGCAAGGUGCACCUGGUAUCUAUAUGGGAACUCCCGAACAACGACAUUCUAUCCUUCCUGAUUCGAAUCCUUCUUCCCGUGCUGCGUACGGACGAUCCCCAUUCAGAAGUCCAUAUCCAUCUUCCUACAUGCAUGGUCCUUUUCAGCCGCCGUCGCCUCGUACCAGCCCCUACUAUCCUGGUUAUAUGUUCCCCCCACCGUCUCCAGCAAUGGAUUCUGCAGCCGUUGAUCCGUCAUCAGCAUACAGCUCUCCCUAUCAUGCUCACGUGGUUCCUGUGAAUCACCAGCACCAUGUUUCCCAGCACCAUGUUUCCCAAGCUCCUCAUCCGUAUCCGUCCCCCGCUUACGGGUCUUCCUCGCCAUCUAAUCAAGGUCUUCUCUAUAAAUUACCACAAUCUGGACAUGGUAGUACUCUCGGACAUUCUAGGAGUGCUACCAAUCCGGACAGCUAUCAACAUCAGCUGGACAUGGUGGCUCGGGUUGCUCGGGAUGUUUGGAACGCGACUUCGGGAAUCAAGGACCUACCCAAUAGCAUCCGCGCCCAUGUUUCAAUAUAUCACGUGGCCAAUACUCUGCGGCCUGUGUUUCAUUCCGAAGUCUCCAUUGCUCUUUUCCUGGACGGUCUGAAUAGUCGUGCACAAAUGAAACCACUGCGUGGCUUGAAUGGACUUGCCUGUAAAUGCUGCAUUGAUGAGGGGAAUGAAGAGCCAGGAUCACACCUACGAAAUUCAAAGCUAUAUCAUUUCCCAGCUCUUCUGACUCAUUUUCAGUCAAUGCAUCUGCACCACGACAAGCAUGGCGCUGCCAUAGAUCUUCAGGAGAAAAGCCUGGUCCCCGAUUGGAAAAUAGAUAUGGUUGCUCUUCCUGACUUAUCGACACUAAAAUCAUUGCCGCGUAAUCUUGGCAUGGAUGAUUUCAAGUUGCGAAUCAUUGCCCAAGCCUUGCCUCGUGUUUUUGAUUCUUCAUUACCAGAACUCCCCCCGGAAACCUUCCUGACCAAACGUUCUCCAGCUGUGCACCAUGCAUAUAUGGCAGAGCAGCGGCCGAAUUAUCCUUCGCCGAAUGUUCACCAUGUCCAGAGAGUCGAAUAUUCAUCGGUUCCCGGACAGAGGGAGUUUCCACCAGACGAUCUCCCAAUUGAUGCUAUAUCAGGAAGGCAUUACGUCUCACGUGACCCGGUUUCUCGACAUGAAAGUCCAAUUACAACGCCUCUCUAUGAUGAUGGCCGUAAUUACGAUCGUGCUGCUCACUAUCUGCCACGCUCUCCUCGUAGAAUGAUCGUUCGAGCCCGAUCACCUCGUUAUAUUCGCGUGCACCACGAGUAUGACUAUAGAGAUGAUGAUGCAGACGAUUUAAGCUCAGGACAUCAUGACAGAUACUACAUACCGGUAACGCGGCCAACUAUGUCAGAUCGCCCCGAAUAUGGAUACCGGCCAAUAAUAACCGAAAGAUUCGAGGGAGAUAUACCAAUGCAGCAGCAACGUGUCGAGAGACAACCCAAUCUCACUCGACAGACUGAAGGCCAAGAAACUUCACAGGGACCAAUCCUCCCAAACCACGCCGUUCCUGUUAUUCCUGGUCAUGAAGAUUCUCAAUCAAAUGCUGGAGAUAUUAGCGCAGCGGAUCAAUUUCUAAGUACUCUAGUUCCUGGUCAGGAAACGAGCUCUGAAUUAUCAAGGAACGACUCGUCAUCUUCAAUCUCAAAAUAUACGGGCUCGCGGCGUCGUGUUCCAGCGGGUGACGAGGCGGCUGUGUCAUAUUACAGUCAAGAUGAUGUCUGGAACCAACGAUGGGGUGAUAAUCCUGGAUCUGUUAGAUCACACGAAACAGGUCUACGAGAAGGUAGACACGGCGCCAGAUCUCCCGAAGUAAUUCAACUUCGAUCAUACGGACGCAAGCCUUCUAGCGGUACUUCUUCAAGUGUCGCUAUAGAAUCCAGUAAAUUGCCACCACAUGCAGGUACGAGUCGAUUCGACAGAUAUGAAGCUCUACGUCAAGAAGGUCUUCGAGGCAGUUCAAAGUCUCCUUCUAUCGUCAAGGAAGACAUAUCACGAGAUGCACCGCCAGUCUACUAUGACGAUCAAGAUCCGCGAGCUCAACAAUCCCGAUUACCGCCUCAGCAGCAACAACACAUGGUUCCCCGGGAGCGCGAUUCGGCUAGUCAAGGAUUUAUCAGAAUGGAAAGAGAAAAUAGCAGACGAAGUUAUAGAACUGGAGGUAAUGCUCGCGAUCCGGCGUACUAUGAUGAUACCAUGGAGUAUUGA